UUUGCCAUAUAUUUUCAGUUUGGGAAGUCUUUGCCUCUUGGCUUAAUACGGUUUCGUCCCUGACUACCGUCACUACAGUUGUAGUUAGCUACACAAUGUCAGUAAGUAGAGUACGUACGGGAAUUUUGCUGUUGCAGUGUCUGAUCACCGGCACCCUCUGUACCGCGUUCACUUUCACCGAGGAACCUGCGGAGAGAGCUGCCAAAUCGGAUGGAUAUUGCAGUCGGAUUUUAAGGGCUCAGGGAGCGAAAAAAGAGGGCUACAACGAGUUUCGUCUGCGAGUUGAAGGCGACCCAGAGAAUUACCAACCCGGGAGUACAUACAGAGUGUCGCUGUUUGCGUCCCACAAUGCUUACUUCAGAGGCUUCACCCUCAUAGCUCUGAAGGAAGGCAGAGAAGGGGACAACGAUGACGAUUACGCUGGAAAUUUCCAGAUCAUCGAUGAGGAGGAGACCCAGUUCAUGACCAACUGCCCUCCUGCCGUGACGGAGAGUACGCCUCGUAGGAGGACCAGGAUAGAGGUGUUCUGGACAGCGCCCUCUUCAGGCAGCGGCUGUAUCGUCCUCAAGGCAAGCAUUGUUCAGAAGAAGAUCAUCUACUUCCAGGAUGAAGGCUCCCUCACAAAGCGGAUGUGUGAGAAAGAACCUCUCUUUGGGGAGGCCACAGACAAGCCCCUCCUGGACUGCUGUGCCUGUGGGACCGCUAAGUACAGGGUGACAUUUUAUGGCAACUGGUCUGAGAAGAUGCAUCCCAAAGACUACCCCAGGCGUGCCAACCACUGGUCAGCACUCAUUGGAGCCUCCCAUUCGAAAAACUACGUGCUGUGGGAGUAUGGAGGCUAUUCGAGUGAUGGGGUCAAGCAGGUCGCAGAGCUAGGCUCGCCUGUCAAGAUGGAGGAAGAGAUUCGCCAAAAGGGUGACGACGUCCUGACUGUCAUUAAGAUGAAGGCUCAGUGGCCAGCAUGGCAGCCCCUCAAUGUGCGUGCGGCUCCUUCGGCGGAGUUCUCGGUGGACCGCACGCGUCACCUCAUGUCCUUCCUGACCAUGCUGGGCCCCAGCCCCGACUGGGACGUGGGCCUGUCCGCCGAGGACCUCUGCACCAAGGAGUGCGGCUGGGUGCAGCGGGUCUCCCAAGACCUCAUCCCCUGGGACGCCGGCACCGACAGCGGCGUCACCUAUGAGUCACCCAACAAGCCCACCAUUCCCCCGGAGAAGAUCCGACCCCUGACCAGUCUGGACCACCCCCAGAGCCCCUUCUACGAUCCCGAGGGAGGCGCCAUCACGCCCGUAGCUCGGGUGCUUGUGGAAAGAAUCGCUCGCAAGGGUGAGCAGUGCAACAUCGUGCCUGAUAACGUGGACGACAUCGUGGCCGAUAUCGCCCAGGAGGAGAAGGAAGAAGACGACACACCUGAGACGUGCAUCUACUCCAACUGGUCCCCGUGGUCAGCCUGCAGCUCGUCCACCUGUGAGAAGGGCAAGCGCAUGAGGCAGCGCAUGCUGAAGGCCCAGCUGGACCUGAGCGUGCCCUGCCCUCACACUCAGGACUUCCAGCCCUGCAUGGGCCCCGGCUGCAGCGACGAAGCGGAUGCGUCCACGUGCAUGAUGUCCGAGUGGAUCACCUGGUCCCCGUGCAGCGCGUCGUGUGGGAUGGGCACGCGUUCGCGCGAGCGCUACGUCAAACAGUUCCCUGAGGACGGCUCCAUCUGCACGCUGCCUACCGAGGAGACAGAGAAGUGCACCGUCAACGAGGACUGCUCGCCCAGCAGUUGCCUGGUGACUGAGUGGGGCGAGUGGGAUAUCUGCAGCGCCACCUGUGGGCUGGGCAUGAAGAGGCGCGAGCGCAUGGUCAAGACGCCCCCUGCUGACGGCUCUGUGUGUGGCGCCGAGGUGGUGGAGGUGGAGAAGUGCAUGAUGCCAGAGUGCCACACCAUCCCCUGCCUGCUGUCUCCGUGGUCGGACUGGAGCGACUGCAGCGUGACGUGUGGCAAGGGCAGCCGCGCGCGCCAGCGCGCCCUCAAGUCGCCCCUGGAGCUGGGCGAGUGUGCCGAGGAGCUGGACCAGGUGGAGAAGUGCAUGCUGCCCGAGUGCCCGAUGGACUGUUUACUGACCGAAUGGUCCGAGUGGUCCGAGUGCAACAAGUCGUGCGGCAAGGGUCACAUCAUCCGCUCGCGCGUGGUGAAGAUGGAGCCACAGUUUGGGGGCAACGCCUGCCCCGAGACCGUCCAGCGCAAGAAGUGCAAGGUCCGCAAGUGCAGCCGGGGCGGCGCCAACAGCGACGAGAGGAGGCGCCGCAAGGAGGCGCGCGAGAGGCGCAGGAGCAAGCAGGGCCGUGAGGAGGGGGGCGAGGAGCAAGCGGGAUGUAAGAUGAAGCCGUGGUCAGCCUGGACGGACUGCACCAAGGCGUGCGGCGGCGGCAUCCAGGAGCGGCUCAUGACGGCCAAGAAGCGAUUCAAGAGCUCGCAACUCAGCAGCUGUAAGGACCGGAAGGAGAUCCGCGCCUGCAACGUGCAUCCCUGCUAGAGACUGGGCCAGGGAGCAGGGGAGCUUCUCAAGGGGGCGGGACACCAGAGGGGAUGGUUGGGAUGGGAAGCCAUUGGGUAGGGAGCGCUGUCACUCAUGCAGUGAAGCAGUGCACCCUGUUUAGGGCUCUUAUGGUGCAUAAACAAAAAGUAGAUAUCUGUGUAGAGACUGCAACUUCAAAAUGGCCUGUAAAUAGUCAUUAUGCCUGACUGGAUCACUGAAAUGGAAGAUGGAGAUCUAAGUCCUGGAUGUAUAUUUGCCAGUUGUAAGCCUGUGUGAAUUCAGACGAAUUCUAUGGUGAUGUUAUAUGUCAGGCCGAAUAGAUGUAUCAUUUUUGUUAGUUGGGUAAUAAUAUUAUCAUGAGAAAAACCAACCACUACCACCACCAAAUUUCACGCCAUGAUACCAUGAGGGUUUCAAAAUUCUCAUAAUUAUAAGGUCUACUUUUUGUGUUCAGGUCUAUUUUCGUGUUUUAUUUUAUGCCUACUGGAACUCAUGGAAGCACUUUCACCAUAGGCCACACACUCUGGAGUGUCACUGAACUGGGUAAGUAGACAGAAGUGAACUUCUAACUGAACGACAGGCCGUUCAUGGUCCUCACAGGUCACUGCCUCCCAGCUGGAGGUCAGCUUCUAGAACACUGUCAGCAGCCAUUUUUGUUUUUGUAGAGAGGACAAACUAUAUUGUAGGUCCCUGACAGUCAGCUUGGUGGCUAUGGAUAAGUGCAGUAUGUUAUGAAUUCAAACAUGUUUUUUUCUGUAAUUAUUUUGCUACUAGUGCAAACUGAAUCGGUUGCGUACACAUUUUUUGGGGCAAAAUUACUGUAAAGUUGUUGUGAUAUUAUAUUAUUCUCAAAUAAUGACAAUAGACUUAUAUCAUUUCAUUGAAAAUAGAACUGUUCCAUCCUGUGAUUUCUUCUUAGGUAGUGUAUUAUAUUCCUGAACUAAAAGCACAGGUGUUAUGCCAUUCCAGCAUUUUCUAUAUGCCUCAAAAUGUUGCUGUUUUUAGGACAGACAAACCUGUUGUGAUUUUUACCCAGCAGAAAUAAAAAUCAAAUUCUCCUCAACUAAAACCUUAAUAUUUUUUUUGCAUUCUUUUUACUUUUUCUUUUUUUGGGUUGUGGAUUUCUUUUUUAUAAGACUGUCACCCAAGAUUCUUACCAAAGUCUUGUGUAGAUGUUUUCUAGUUGUCUUUGUCUUUUAUCUCUCCAGCUAACACAAUGAUAAAUAUUUUGGAAUAUAUCACCUUUACAAUAAAAGUAAGUGUGACAAAGUACCCUGUAUCAUUUGCCAGGA